AUGGGCGACCAUAAUUCGGGCCGAUUAGAGGCCUUAUUAGAUUUUUUUAUUAAAAAAUACCCCGAAGCGUACAAGGAGUUCACCGAUGUGAACCCCGAAGUAAAGCCCACCUCAUUCGAUACGGACAGCCCAGCCUCACCGGACUGUCCAAAAAGCAAUCCAUGCGACAUGGAUUGCUCACCAAUCGGCUCGGAAGCCGAGUUAGAUUCAACGCCGUCCUCCUCAGACGCAGAGGAGGAUAACGACGGGUUUGAAACAGUCAUAACAAAAUCAGGUAAAAGAAAGGCGGCCAAGUCAUUAAAGGCGCCGCCGCCAACCAAGAAACCGUCAACCCCAGCAGCUGCCGGUGCAGCUGCGCGCGCACCUGCGGGCACACCUGUGUCCGCACCUGCGGGCACACCUGUGUCCGCACCUGCGGGCACACCUGUGUCCGCACCUGCGGGCGCACCUGCGACCGCUCCUGCGGGGCUACCUGGGUCCGCACCCAAAGUUGGGCGGCAGUACACUAAAGCCCGAGAGCCGGCUCUCAUCCCUGCGGCCCUCCCUGCGACUAACGCCUGGCAAAGACCGUUAGGCGCACCUAAACCGACUGCCCCUCAGGCACCUAAAGCCCCUCAGGCACCGAUAGCCCCUCAGGCACCGUCAGCCCCUCAGGCACCUAAAGCCCCACAGGCACCAAAGGCCCCUAAGGCACCAACGGCCGGACUAGAGGCCGAUCUAAAAAUGGUUUGUGACUUCGCAAGCCUCUUUGACCCCGCGGAAAUCCAAACUUUCGCAGCCAAAUUGAGGGCCACAAACGGCAAUUCGCAGGCACGCAUGUUGGCAGUAUGCCAGCAUACGAGCUUGUUGAAUGCCGUAGGAGCAUUCAACACCAAUGGCUACUAG